ACCGAUCAUUUUAAUCCAUGAUUUAGCAAAACUCGGUUUUGUUGAAAUUUUGUUAAACAAUCAAUUGUUCAAUUAGUUUUGUUAUUUAGUUUUCUUUUUGUGAUUAACGUGUUAUCUUAAUUGGUGAAGCUAUCAAAAUGAGUUCUAUUGGUACUGGUUACGAUCUGUCUGCAUCUCAAUUCUCUCCUGAUGGUAGAAUAUUUCAAAUUGAAUAUGCUCAAAAAGCUGUUGACAAUUCUGGUACCGUUGUUGCUCUUCGGGGUAAAGACGGUGUUGUUUUUGCUGUAGAAAAGCUGGUUCCAUCUAAGCUACACGAAGAAGGAGCCAACCGAAGAAUCUUUAAUAUUGAUAGACAUAUUGGCUGUGCUACUGCCGGUUUGAUAGCUGAUGCUCGAGCAAUUGUGAACAUAGGAAGAGAUGAGGCAUCAAAAUACCGGAAAGAGAAGGGUCAGCGUAUUCCAUUAAAGUAUUUAAAGGAUCGAGUGGCAAUGUACAUGCAUGCCUACACUCUUUAUUCAGCUCUUCGACCUUUUGGAACAUCUAUACUGAUGGGUGCCUGGGACCCCAUUGAUGGUGCUCAAUUGUACUGCCUUGAUCCAUCGGGCUCAAACUAUGGUUAUUUCGGGUGUUCCAUUGGUAAAGCAAAGCAAGCUGCUAAAACCGAAAUUGAAAAGAUCAAAUUUAAAGACAUGUCUUGCAAAGAUUUGAUUAAGGAAGCCGCUAAAAUAAUAUAUAUUGUUCAUGAUGAGAUAAAGGACAAAGCCUUUGAAUUAGAGCUAUCUUGGAUAACUGAGGGAACCCAAGGUCGCCAUGAAGCUGUUCCUAAAAAUUUGUUUAGCGAAGCCGAAGAAUACGCAAAAGCUGCACUUAGACACGAUUCCGACUCCGAGGACGAGGAUAAAGAAGCGGACAAGGGAAGCGUGAAGAGUUAAUCGUAUUAAAGAGUUUUUGUAUUCAUGAUUAUCAAAUAUACCAUUAAUACUGAUAAGAUCAUUAAGUUCA